AUGGCAACCAAAGCCGUCAUGAACGUGCAGUCUUUUCCGCGGCCGCCGCUGCUGCAAAAGAUUUCCAGGCAUCUGCAGAUCCAGUACAAAGGCGAGCUCAUCGCCGACACGACCGACGCAUACUGGGUGCUGGAGACUCACCAUCCCCCGACCUACUAUCUGCCGCCGUCGUCGGUCAAGGUGCCGCUCGCCAAGACGGGACGCACAUCGUGGUGCGAGUGGAAGGGCCGGGCGACGUACUUUUCCCUCACCGCGGGCGGCGGGGAAGUGCGCGACCGGGUCUGGACGUACGAGGAGCCGACGCCCGCCUUUGCGCCGCUCCGCGGCUUCCUCUCCUUCUACGCCGGCCCGUGGGACUGCUUCGUCGACGGCGAGCGCGUCGUGCCGCAGCCGGGCGACUUUUACGGCGGCUGGGUCACGGCGGAGCUGCAGGGCAUCGUCAAGGGACGGACGGGAAACUUGGACCCGGUUGUGUGA